AUGAGCUUGAAGACUACGUACACCAACACUGAGCUUGCACCGUUCUAUUUCAGUGAUGCGACCGCGACGCUCUCUGAAGAUGGCUCAAUCCUCGCAACACCAGUUAGAGAAGACGUUGUCAUCACCAACCUUGAAACAAGUGAGACACUACACAAGCUGGAGGGUGAUGGAGAAGUUGUCACGUGUCUACAGCUGACACCGGAUGGCAAGUAUCUUGCCAUAGUCUCACAGAGUCAACAGCUGCGUAUAUUCAACCUGGCGGACUCGAAGUUCACCAAGACACACAAGCUUCCUUCGCCUUCUUACGUAUGUGCUGCUGAUCCGACGAGUACGCUUUUUGCAUUUGGAGGUUCAGAUGGUGCCGUGAUAGUGUUUGACAUUGAUAAUGGCUUCGUUACGCACUCUCUGAAAGGUCAUGGCUCCGUUAUCUCAGGUCUGAAGUUCCACGGCGAACUCAACUCGAAUAAGUGGAAACUGGUCUCCGGUGAUACCACUGGUAUGGUGAAGGUUUGGGAUUUGGCAAAGCGGAAGGCCAUCGCCACACUGACAGAACACACCAAUGCUGUUAGAUCCUUCGCAUUUGGUGGCUCCGAGGAUCAAUUUCUCGUCACCGGAGGAAGGGACGACGUCCUCAUGGUUUGGGAUACCAAGUAUUGGAAGUUGAAGAAGACCAUCUCCACUCAACAGCAGAUCCUUGCAGUAGACUUCCUCGAUCAUGACCUCAUAUACACUGCUGGUGGAGAUGCAGUAUUCAAAGUGUGGAGACUCUCCACUGGUAAGAUUUACGCCCAAACGAAACAGCCGAUCGAAGAGCUUGUCAUUGUUGGUGUUCUUUCAACAGACGAUGAUAGAUUACUCCUGGUCUUAUCUGAUGAAACCUUUUUCGAAAUCAACACAACACUCAUUGAGGAAGAUACAGAAAUCGAAGUAUCACGUAUCAUUGCAGGUAACCACGGUACCAUCGCAGAUAUGCGUUAUGUUGGUCCUCAUGGCCAAUACCUGGCCCUUGCAACCAACUCUCCAGGGUUGAGAAUCUUUGAUCCUAUCAACACUCCAUUGGAGGUGAAAAUACUCGAAGGACAUACUGAUAUGUUGAACUCUCUGGAUUCUACAAAGGAUGGCAGAUGGAUUGCCACAGCUGGUAAGGAUAAUGAUGCACGUCUUUGGCGUUUCAACGAAGAGCAAGAGGAGUUCGAAAUCUUUGCCAUACUGAGAGGUCAUUCCGUUUCCGUAUCUGCAAUUGCUCUUCCAAGAACUCAUGAGAACGGUACUCAACCAAGAUUUGUUCUCACUGCAUCUGCUGAUCUCACUGUUAAGAAGUGGAAUAUACCAAAGGUUAAAAGUGGUGACCAGCUCCCAAUUGUUAUCAAAACUUCAGAAUAUACCAGACGUGCUCAUGAUAAGGAUAUCAACGCAUUGGACAUCAGUCCAAACGAUGAGUUUUUCGCUACAGCAUCGUAUGAUAAGACUGGAAAGGUUUGGGAUUUGGAUACUGGUGAAACCAUCGGCGUGCUGAAGGGCCAUAAGAGAGGUUUGUGGGACAUCACGUUUUCAGUAUACGACAAAACUUUGGCUACUGCUUCUGGUGAUAAAACAAUCAAACUGUGGAACUUACAGGACUUCACAUGUAUGAGAACAUUUGAAGGCCAUACCAAUGCUGUGCAAAGAGUUGCCUAUCUCAAUCAGGAGAAGCAACUAAUCUCGACAGGUGCCGAUGGUUUGAUCAAGAUUUGGGACUCAAGUAGUGCUGAAUGUCUCAAGACGUUUGACCAACAUGCAAACAGAAUCUGGGCCCUUGUCACUAAAAACAACGGUGAUGAGUUCGUCACUGCUGAUGCUGAUGGUGUGUUCCAAUUCUGGGUUGAUAACACGGAAGAGGUCAAUAAAGAAGAAGAAGAGGCAGCUAAAUUGAAAGUUGAACAAGAGCAAAGCUUACAAAACUACAUGAACCAAGGUGAAUGGGGUAACGCAUUCCUGCUGGCGUUGACCUUAGAUCAACCGAUGAGACUAUACACCGUGAUUAAGAACUCCAUUGCACAAAACUCGUCUGAUGAAUUCAUCCUUGGUGAAGAAUUGGACAGUGUCAUCAAGACCCUUAACAACGAUCAGAUCUUGUUAUUGUUCAAGAGAAUCAGAACAUGGAACGUCAAUGCUAGAUACUUCUCGGUGGCUCAAAAGUUGAUAAGAGCAAUUCUCCAGAGCUUCGAUGUCGACAAGCUCGUAGAGAUUCCUGGACUAAUGCAAUUCAUUGAUGCCAUCGUCCCAUAUAACGAAAGACAUUACACCAGGGUUGACGAUCUUAUCGAGCAGAGUUUCAUCUUGGACUACUCCAUUGAUGAGAUGGGUAAACUAUGA